CCGCCGCCGCCCGCCUCCGCCCGCCUCCUUCCCGCGCAGCCGACCAGGCAGCAAUUACGCUUUGGGGAUAAAACGAGGCGCGGAGAGCAGGCCGGGGCAUUCCUCCCCGAGAUGGCGAUGGCGGGUCUGACGGCGGCGGCCCCGAGGCCCGGAGUCCUGCUGCUCUUGCUGGCCCUCCUCCACCCCGCGCAGCCCGGAGGGGUCCCAGGGGCUGUUCCUGGUGGAGUUCCUGGAGGAGUCUAUUAUCCAGGGGCUGGUCUUGGAGGCCUGGGAGGAGGAGCUCUGGGGCCCGGAGGCAAACCACCCAAACCAGGUGCAGGACUCCUGGGGGCAUUUGGAGCAGGUCCUGGAGGGCUUGCGGGCGCUGUCCCCGGGGCAGGGCUGGGAGCCUUCCCUGCGGGUGCCUUCCCGGGGGGCGUGGUGCCAGGUGGAGCUGCUGGUGCUGCUGCAGCCUAUAAGGCUGCCAAGGCUGGUGCUGGGCUCGGAGGCGUCGGCGGAGUUGGUGGGGUUGGUGGCGUUGGAGGAGUUGGUGGCAUUGGAGGACUCGGUGGCGUUGGCGGAGUCGGUGGCUUAGGAGUGUCCACAGGUGCCGUGGUCCCUCAGGUUGGAGCUGGAGUCGGUGUCGGAGCUGGAGCGAAGCCAGGGAAAGUGCCCGGUGUGGGGCUCCCAGGUGUAUACCCAGGUGGCGUGCUCCCCGGCACAGGAGCUCGGUUCCCUGGAGUAGGGGUGCUCCCUGGGGUGCCCACCGGAGCAGGAGUCAAGGCCAAGGCCCCAGGUGGAGGCGGAGCUUUUGCAGGAAUCCCAGGGGUCGGGCCCUUUGGGGGCCAGCAGCCUGGGGUCCCACUGGGAUACCCCAUCAAGGCACCCAAGCUCCCAGGUGGCUACGGACUGCCCUACGCCAAUGGGAAAGCACCCUUCAGCUACGGACCUGGAGGAGUGGCUGGUGCCGCAGGCAAGGCCGGCUACCCAACGGGGACAGGAGUGGGCCCCCAGGCGGCUGCAGCGGCAGCAGCUAAGGCAGCGAAGUAUGGUGCUGGAGGAGCUGGCGUCAUCCCUGGUGUUGGAGGUGGUGGCAUUCCUGGCGGGGCUGGUGCAAUUCCUGGGAUUGGAGGCAUUGCAGGGGCCGGGACUCCUGCGGCUGCUGCUGCUGCUGCUGCAAAGGCAGCCGCCAAGGCUGCGAAGUACGGAGCUGCUGGGGGCUUAGUGCCUGGUGGGCCAGGAGUUAGGGUCCCAGGUGUUGGGAUCCCAGGUGUCGGCGGAGUCCCAGGUGUUGGAGUCCCAGGUGUUGGAGUCCCAGGCAUUGGGGUCCCAGGUGUUGGGGUCCCAGGCAUUGGGGGUCCAGGCAUCGGGGGUGUACCAGGGGCCGUGUCACCUGCUGCUGCUGCCAAAGCAGCCGCCAAAGCAGCCAAAUAUGGGGCCAGAGCUGGAGUGGGCGUUGGAGGCAUCCCCACGUACGGGGUUGGUGCUGGGGGCUUUCCUGGCUAUGGUGUUGGAGCAGGCCUUGGAGGUGUCCCUGGAGCUGGCCUUGGAGGUGUCCCCGGAGCUGGCCUUGGAGGUGUCCCUGGUGCUGGCCUUGGAGGUGUCCCCGGAGCUGGCCUUUCCCCUGCAGCCCAAGCAGCCGCUGCGGCUAAAGCUGCCAAGUACGGUGCUGGAGGAGCUGGAGCCCUGGGAGGGCUGGUGCCAGGUGCUGUGCCAGGUGCAGUGCCAGGUGCAGUGCCAGGUUUAGUGCCAGGUGUGCCAGGAGCCGCAGGGGUGCCAGGAGUCGGGACCCCUGUAGCUGCAGCCGCCAAAGCUGCCGCCAAAGCUGCCCAGUUUGGAUUGGGCCCUGGAGUCGGCGGAGUUCCUGGUGGAGUUGGGGUUCCUGGUGGAGUUGGGGUUCCUGGUGGCAUUGGAGUUCCUGGUGGUGUCGGGGUUCCUGGUGGCGUUGGGGUUCCUGGUGGCAUUAUUCCCGGUGGUAUCGCAGGAGCAGGACCCGCUGCUGCCAAAUCCGCUGCUAAAGCUGCCGCCAAAGCUCAGUACCAGGCAGCUGCUGGGCUGGGUGCCGGGGUUCCCGGAUUAGGAGCUGGUGCCGGGGUUCCUGGAUUUGGAGCUGGUGCCGGGGUUCCUGGAUUUGGAGCUGGUGCAGUGCCUGGAUCUCUGGCCGCUGCCAAAGCUGCCAAAUAUGGAGCAGGGGGCGCUGGGGCCCUGGGAGGCGUCGGGGGUCUCGGUGGAGUAGGAGUCCCAGGUGGCGUGGCAGGGGCCGGACCUGCCGCCUCUGCUGCUGCUGCCAAGGCUGCUGCCAAAGCCGCCCAGUACGGCCUCGGGGUCGGUGGGCUCGGAGCCGGAGGACUGGGGGUCGGUGGGCUCGGGGCUGGAGGAGCCGUCCCCGGCGUUGGCUUUGGAGGUGUGUCCCCAGCUGCAGCUGCUAAAGCAGCCAAAUAUGGUGCUGCUGGCCUUGGAGGUGUCCUAGGAGCCACCAGGCCAUUCCCAGGUGGAGGAGUGGCAGCGAGACCUGGCUUCGGAUUGUCUCCCAUUUUCCCAGGUGGAGGCGCCGGGGGCCUGGGAGUCGGCGGAAAGCCCCCCAAGGCCUAUGGAGGGGCCCUGGGAGCCCUGGGAUACCAAGGUGGGGCCUGCCUGGGGAAAUCCUGUGGCCGGAAGAGAAAGUGAGCUUCCCAGGACCCCUGACUCGCGACCUCAUCAACGUUGGUGCUACUGCUUGGUGGAGAAUGUAAACCCUCUGUGAUCCCACCCCAAGCCCCACUCAAUGCCCACCCGGGAGGGGACGGUAGGCCGGCGGCCUUGGAAAUCCACAGAACAAGGAAUCAAGAGCAGUGGCCACGUACCCCGACUGGGAGGCCACCGGCUCCAGAGGCCAGGGCCGGUGGGCUCAGCCCCGGCCCCACCCCUCCUCCUGGGAGUUCCCCCCACACAGUCUCCAUCUCCAGGGGAAAUUGGUGCUACUUGUUGGUGCUUUUGUCUUCCUGGGGGGAGGGAGGAGGGUAGGGCAGCCCCUGGGGGACCCCCACCCGGGGUCCUCUGAAGAUGGUGCAGAUGCUUCCUGGGCAGUCCCACCUCCCCCUGCCCACCAGGAGCCACCCCCGGCUGCGGUCCAGCUGGUACCCAAGCACCUGAAGCCUCAAAGCUGGAUUCGGUCACAAGAUCCUUCCUCUCCUUGGGUCCGCUCAGCCCUUUCCCCCCCAUCAAUGGCUGUUCCCCACAACUGGGGCACCUUUGGAGUCAGAAGAACCCCCACUCACACUGGGAAUAGCCCCCUUGCUCUUGUGGAAUCCAUGUGUCCGUCCAUCCACCCAACCGUCCAUCUGUUCAUUCUUGUCCCCAGUUGACCGCCUGGUGCCACUAGCUGGCUGGGCACGCCCACACCCACCUGGGUAACCUCCCAUGGCAGCCUCCGCCCCUGCCACACACCCCCGACGCUGGCCCAGGGUGUGAGGGCUGUGUGGGCUGGGGCGACAGGACUCUCGUCCCCGGCCUGGGUCCCCCCACAUGCAGUACUGUAUCCCCCGUCCCGCCCUCGAGCCACUACUACAGAGCAUGUCCCGUCCCGCCCUCCCCAUCUCUUCGUGUCUCGCUGUGAUAGAUCAAUAAAUAUUUUAUUUUUUGUCCUGGAUAUGUGGGGAAUAUGUUUGAUUGUGGAUGUUCUCUUUGGGUUUUAUUUUUGUGGUUCAUUGAAAAACAUUUUUUUCCUCUGAUCUGGGGAGCUGUAUCUCCAGUCGAAGAUUCAUUUUAAUCACUUUGAUAUAACUCUGGAUGAAACACACAUAUUUUUUAAAUAAUGAAAAAGAAUUAACUGCUUCGGAAAAGACUAAUAAAUCAAAUCCUUUUAAAGGAAA